AGAAGGCUGGGCCAAGCCUUCCCUCUGCUCCAACUACAGAGAAAAUCACACCAUCAGCCUCCCUCUUUCUAUACACGGACCACCCUCUACUGUUCACCGUCUCCUAGUGGACGGUGUCUCUAUGCAGGCCUUCAUUCUUAGUAAGAGCAAAGACAGAGGGACACUGAGAGUGAGAGGAGGAGAAUGGAGAGCAUUAAUCUGCAUCGGAAACACAACUGAGACAGCAAGCUGGGUCUUUUACCUGCACUUCUGGACUGCUGACUGAACUCACUGACACAGAUAUUUAGCUUGUUUGGUGAUGAAGAGAGGAGGAACCAUGGGACCUGGAACAUGGAGCAUUUUUAUUCUGUUUGGUCUCUCUAUCUGGGGCAACAGCCAAGCCCUCACACAGAACCCCAUCCUCUCCCGGAUACGAAGGGCUCCAGAGGCCAAUGCGGAAAGCAAGAAGUGCUCCUACACCUUCCUGGUCCCUGAGCAGAAGAUCACAGGACCCAUAUGUGCCGCCCGCGGUUACUCAACCGACAAGGAUCGAGUGACACGCCUGGAUGUGGCUGCAGUGCGCGACCUCCUGUCGAAGCAGCGUAGGGAGACAGAGACUUUGAAGCUGGUGGUGGAUGUAGACGGGAACUUGGUGAAUGAGAUGAAGCUGUUGAGGAAAGAGAGCAGGAACAUGAACUCCAGAGUGACCCAGCUCUACAUGCAGCUGCUGCACGAGAUCAUCAGGAAGAGGGACAACUCACUGGAACUUGCACAGUUGGAGACGCGCAUCCUCAAUGCCACUACAGAGUCACUGCGCCUGGCAUCCCGGUACAGGGAACUGGAGUCCAAAUAUGCAGCCCUAUCUGCAGUAGUGAACAACCAGUCUGUGCUGAUUGGGGCACUUGAGGAGCGUUGUAUGCAGGUGUACAGCCGCAGGCAUGACCAGACACCCUUGGGACCUCCACUUGUGCAGGUGGUGCCUGAGAACAUUCCUGUACAUGUGCCACGUUUCACCAAUGAGAUCCAGAGGGACAACAACCGAGGCUUUGCACGAGAAAGGGGCUCUCGCUCUGGAGCGUCACCCACGAGCAGUAGCUUGGAAGUACAGAAACCUCCAAAUAGAAACUUCAGUGCUGAAGGCCCAUUCAGAGACUGUCUUGCGGCACAGGAAGCUGGCCACAGCACUAGCGGCAUGUACCUGAUCAGACCAGACGAAGCAGAGAGGCCAGUGCAGGCCUGGUGUGAACAGGACAUAGACAACGGUGGCUGGACCGUUAUCCAGAGCAGGAGAGACGGAUCCGUUAACUUCUUCAGGAACUGGGAUAACUACAAGAGCGGCUUUGGCAACAUAGACGGGGAAUAUUGGCUCGGCCUGGAAGGCAUCUACAACCUGGGGAGGCAGGGGGACUACAAGCUGCUCGUGGAGAUGGAAGACUGGAUGAACAAGAAGGUCUACGCUCAGUACAGCAGCUUCCAUCUAGAGCCUGAGAGCGAGGGUUACCGCUUGCGGCUGGGCACCUAUCAGGGCAACGCCGGGGACUCUCUGAGCAGCCACAACGGCAAACAGUUCACUACUCUAGAUCGAGACAAGGAUGCCUACUCAGGUAACUGUGCUCAUUUCCAUAAAGGUGGCUGGUGGUACAAUGCUUGUGGCCAGGCCAAUCUCAACGGUGUCUGGUACACCGGAGGUGUUUACCGCAGCAAAUUCCAAGAUGGGAUCUUCUGGGCCGACUAUGGCGGAGGCUUUUACUCUAUGAAGGGUGUCCGUAUGCUGAUCAGGCCCAUAGACUGAUGAGAUAAGCCAGGCUGGUCCAGGGGCAACUUUGGAGGCCAGGGCAAACUUGAACCUCAUUCUACAUUGUGACUAUAUAUGUCAUCAGCAACUGGCAGAACGUAGAUAAAAGAACUUCAUCAAUGGUGAUUACUAACUGUCAUUAGUGACUUGAACUGCCUCCUGUAACAGACAUGGACUCUGUGUGUCCUCUUUAUAUGAUAAUAGAUUGAUAUAGAGGAAUUUAGGGGACAUGACUAUUUAAAGGAAGCCAUACAGCUCCUUUACCACCAAAUACAUAUGGUGGUGAAGGGAAAUUAAGAAUAAUUAAGAACAUCUUGCAGAUAAAUAAUGCGAUCUGUCUAUCUGAUGAAGAGACUGCAGUGUUUUCCUCAUUACUAGGUCACCCUGUGAAGAAAAGGCACCACAUCCUAACAGAACUUCAUUGGUAUUGAUUUCAUUCAUAAGCUUUAGCAUCACAGGAACUAAAUGCAGCUCUUUCUACCUCGCCAAGAUAAACACGUGGGGGAAAUACUCAUAUAUGAUAUUUAACUUGUGUUAUAGUUGUUGGGAGCUGGAAAAUACAUUUUGUUAAUACCUAUAUUUAAACUCUGUAUCCACUUCCAGAUCUGAAAAGACCAGCACCUUAAGGAGUUGGAGAAGGAAUGUGGUUUAAAUACAUGUUUUAUGUACAUUGCAUUACAGUACAAACAGUACUGGUUUUAUUUUUCCUCCCUACACUUAAAACAACCUUUAUACUCUAUGUUAAACUACUUUGUGCAGAUGACCAGAAACGAUAAUUUAUGUGUACAAUUAACUUAUCAUAACAGUGAAAGGGCCAGGUGUCCUGAGGGAACAGUAAAUGAUCCUACGAAAAAUAGAACUAAUUUCCUCCACUGUAUAAAUGACAAUCAUUCUCAAAGUGUGCUUGCACGUAUGGAAAUUGUUGUUAUAUGUUUUUCUCAUUUGGCUGUUCAUUAAAUUUCAGUAUGACUCUGA